AUGAAAGAGCAAAAUUAUUUAUUUAUUAGAUCAAAUCGACGCUUAUUAAAGCUUGAGUUAAUUGACGGUUCAAUUCAAGAAAUUGAAUACGAAAUACCAAUAGAUCGGUAUGAUUUAUUACGUAUAAUAUAUCAUGACCUUAAAUAUGAUGGAAUAUAUGAUUGGGAUACAUUCUAUCAAUCAGCCGCAUUUACUCGAACAGAUAAUGGUAUUACAACUUUAAUACCAACAAAUUAUUCUUCAGAUGAUACUGUGUAUAUCUUAGUCUUGCCGGAGAGUAAAAAAAAUAUAUUGACAAGAUUCAAACGAUGGUUAUGGCCUAUUUGA